AUGAAUAAAUCUUUAUUACUUAUUGCCUAUAUGCUAUUUGCUGCAUAUGUAAAUGCUUAGUGCGCUCCUAAUGCUUAAGGAAAUGUAGGUUCUUGUAUGUGCAUUCAAGGAUAUUAUGGUACUAACGCAGAAAGUGUAGGUACUUGCAAUUAAUGUCCAGGUGGAACUACAACUGCUUCUCCUUCUUUAUCAGCUGGUGGUAAUACAAAUGCUAGUGCUGAUCUAAGUGUAUGCAAUUAAUGUUAAGCUAACUACUACAUGAUUGCUGCAGCUGCUACCGCUUCUAAUGGUAAUCCUGCUAAUUCUGCUUAAUGCAUUAUCUGCCCUACUGGAACUGGAAACAAUGGAGUAAAAAACUAAGGUGAUCUUUCUUAAUGUAGUUUCUGCCAAGCUAAUUAUUACUAAACAGCUGUUGCAGUUGCUGCUUCUAAUGGAGUUACUGCCGCUGCAGUUACUUGUUAAUCUUGCCCUAAUGGAAGUACUUCUACUGCUGGUACUGCUCAAUCAGCAAGUGAUUGUUUAUAAAACUAAACAACAAACUCAAAUAUCAUUUUAGUAUCUCUAUCUAUUCUAGUCUUAUCUUUUUCAAUUUGA